AUGCACCGGCCGCGCUCGCGCCACUGUGCUCACCUCGCCGCGAACCUCGCGCCGCCGUUGCUACGCCCGGCCACCGCGCCCUCGCUCAGGCCUGCUCCGCAACGCCCAACACGCCGCCCCCCUGUCGCGCCCGCCGUCGACCCUGGCCCCUGCACCGCGCUCCUCCCCUCUCUCGCUGCGGCUAUCCCCGUCGGCGCUGCUGCGGCUGGCCGCCGCGCUCGACGGCGCCCCACGCUGUGCGGCCUCGCUCCGCUGCUCUGCUCCUCUGCCGCCCGCGCCAUUGCCCCGCCUUGCCUCGCGCCACAGCUGCUUGUCGCCCGCUCGCCCGUGGCCUGCUUCCCCGCCGCCGUGCUGGCCAUCCUUCGCCCGCCCCGCUCUCCGGCGUCUGGCCGCGUCGGCUGCGCCCACCGCGGCCUCGCGCGGCCCCGCUCUCGCGUCGUUGCGCCCUGCUGGUCCCGCCCCGCUCUCCCUCGAAGACUCCCUGCGCCUGCCUCGCCCAGCGGACGUGGCCGGCCGAUGCACCGCGCCGCCGAGCGCGCCCCCAACCCCGGCACCCCGCCGGCCGUCACCCCGCGCCUGUUCGCCGGUGCCCCGGCCCUCCUCGCCCCGGCGAUCUGGGCGAACGCCCAGUCGGGCGCCGCAACGCCCGACCCGCCCCGUUAG